CUGAAUUGCAGGAGCAAAAUGUUCACGGCUGGUGUGGCUUCCAAGAACACGAAGGGCAAAAGCCAAAACAAUGCUUCGUCGAACGAGGUCGCCAGGCCAGGAACCAACGCUGAUGGGAAACGACCCGCGAGCAACGCGAAUGAGAAGGCUCGCCUGCUGAAAGCGCAAGAUGAACACAAGACGAGCAGUAGCGGCGCCACGUCAAGCACAGCACCAGGACAGUACACCAUGGUCAAGAAAUCUAAUCCGUCCCGGCUGGCUGCGUCGCCCGGAGUAGAAGGCAACAAAAUAAGUCCAGCAAGCGGCAGCACUUCUGCUGCGCCUAUGUCUGCAGAGAGCUUGAAGACUCUGUACCUGGUAACUCCACGGAGCGAGUGGGGGCUAUUCCACAAAAAGAUUCCGAAAGCGUCCCGAAAAGAACUGGCGCAGUUUUUGCGGCAGAAGUACAUUGAGACGACUCCUGAGCAUGGCCGCGAGCCCACAAUCGGCGGUGGCGCAAGCAGUUCCUCGUCGUCCAUCGCCCGAGCUAUUCCUGUCGGGAAAAGCAAUGCGGCGAGCGCGAACAAGAUGGACCUUGUCGACCGCGACGGAAAAAGUAAGAGUACCUUUGCCGUGCCCGCGGCGAGUGCUGGCGUGGCUGGCACGACGAGCCAUGACAUUAAUAUCAGUUUGGUUAGAAAGAAGAAAGCGAAAAAGCAGCUAAAAACCCGAGCGCAAGAACAAAAGGAGGUCCGGAAAAAGGCAAGAAAGAAAAAGGAAAAUGAGGACAUAAUACCAAAUGGCAAAACGAAAAAGAAGAAGAAAAAGAAGGAUACUAAAGACCAGAGGCUGCUGGUGCAGAAAGGCAAAGUAAAAAAGCAUCAAAGUCGGGAACAAGAUGCCAGCGCGAAGGCUGAAGAUAAGAGCGCAAUAUUAAAGUCAGCACCUCUACUAUUACCUUCUGUUCAGGACCACGACAAGCGGCUGGUGGGACGGGCACGCAAUAAAACUUCUGCCAGCGUCGCGAAGAACAAGAGGCAAAGUUUCGACGCGGAGGACCAGGUGAGCAAUCUCGCGGUGAUUCGCGGCGGACCCGAUGUUCUUUUUUCGCUCGACCUGGACCGCGUGCUCGAGAAAAAGCGACAGAAACUCACGGCCGCAAUCAAGGUUCCAACCGCCCGCGGGGCGCACAAAGACCUCAAGGGCCACCAGGGUCUCCUUGGUGGGGACAAGAACAUCAAAGCGAAUUCCAGUUUCGCGGAUCCGACUACUACAGACGGUGCGCAGCUCCUGCUAGCAGACGGAACACAUCCAAGCUCAUCGCCGGUCGUGCUUCCGGCCUACCUGGCCGGACCCCGGCCGGAGGACGCUCAGCUGCAGGAGUUGCGGGAGUACGUGCGCAUUUCACUGUUCGUGCGCGGCGAUGACCAUUUCGAGUUCGGGAUUGCGACCAAGGACUUUUGGAAGGAAGUCAUUCUUACGCUCGUGGUCGACGCACUCUGUUCCUUUGCCCGGGUUUUGCUUUCCUCCUCCUGUUCGUUUCCACUAUCUCCGGCCACGAAUAAUUCUAGCAACGCUUCAGCUACUUCGAAAGGGAAUAAACGGGGCGAUUUGGACCUGGAGCUGAACUUGUUGCCGGAAGCUGUUGACAAGAUGACGAGCGACAAGGGCGGUGUAGAUGUUAAUGAUGGCGUACUAGUUGAUGCACAACAGCAACCUGGACGAUCCUCGUCGUCGUGGACUAGUACUUUGUCCGGUAAAAAAGUGAAAAAGUUGUCCAAGGAGGAGCAGGAACUCUUUUGGGGCGCUAUGUUUCCGGAGGUGCUGCAGAAAUUGUCGCACUUCAAGAAGCUUUUUGAGGCGAAGACGAGGGACGCCACGAUGCUCGCGCCCAAAGGAGAGGGGGAGAACAUCCUUCUCGCAGAGCAGAAGUUUCUGAAUGACGCGAUCGAGCGGGAGAAGCGGCUGAAAGUGGAACAGGAGGACGAGUUUCUGUUGCAGGAAGAGAAGCUGAGCGACGAACUGGAGCGGAAGGAAAGAGAGAAGCUGCUACUUUUCGUUGGCGAGCAGGGCAAACCUUCGAAAGAUGUUGAAGAAGAAGAAGGCAACGGAAAAAUAAAGCAAGACCAACAAGGAGAAUCAGAGGCAAGUACUAAGCAAAAGACCGAAUUUCAGCAGGUUCGCGAGCAGCUGUUUCCGGCGGACCGAUUUGCGCAGCGGCUGAAAGCGGAAGCGGAGCGAACCGAGAAGUUCGAUCGCGAGAGGUACGAGCGCUUCACCGACCGGCGUAGUGAGCUCAAAUACGCCCUGCAAAGCGUAGUUCAUGUCGCUUUCGUAUACAUCGAUUUGCAUGAAAAGUUGUGGAAGCGGUUUGUUCCGAUUGUAUUCAGUUUCAGCAUGACGACGACCAUCAAUUGAAGUUUAUUCUAACUUGGUGGGGCAGCAGCAGCACAGACUGUCACGGGCGGCAUUGACUUGGCGAAGAAUUAAGAUGAAGGUCGUGUGAUUGAAAACUAUAAUGAGAGCGUUGUAUAUCUGUAAAUCCGCAAUUUUUUUAUACGUCUGCGAAUCGUGAUCGUCUUUUGCCCCUGCAUAGGAACAAGCUGAAAACAAAGGUCGCGAAGGUGUUUGCCUCCGUCCGCAAGGAGCUGCUGCAGCCGUUUCUGAUGCUGCUGCAAGACAGGCUUGGCUGUAUCGUCGAAAGCGUGGCCCUAUCCAUUGCAGGUAUGUCGGUCUGGGUCUGGAAGGGAAAAAUUUCAGGAACUUGCAGCGAUGCAAAUUCUUGCAUGCCCCGAAAUCCGAAAUGUCUGGCAUGCAAAAUAAAUCUAGCACCGUCAGAGUCUCGCAAGUCUUUGCAAUGAAUGCUUAUCUUCCAGGACGAAAAAUCUAAUCUGCACUCGUCUGCAUCACUUCCAGACCCAGAUUGAUGUUUGCAAGGCAUAGACGCGAGAAGACCAACAGCGCUGGAUGACAGAACAUGCGGCGCAACUUCAAAACGCCGAAAGCAUCGCUGCGGCUUCAGCUCUCUCAUCCGGUGGACCACUCGACCAACCAGUGUCUGCCGGCGCGAGCGACGCGGCCCCAUCGUCUGGAACGGAGAGAAAAAAGCAGUACGAGAAAGUUCUGCAGAGGUUGCAGAAGUUCGACGGUAUGCUGAUGCAACAGCUACGCAUUGGCUGGUCCGUGGAGAGCUUUUUGGAGCAGCAGGAGAAAAAAAGUGCCGAAGCGGGAGAGAAAAAUGCGGCUGUUGAGGCCGCCAGACAAGCGAAAGCAGGGAGCAGCAUGAGCAUUACGGCGAACAAGGUGGAAGUCGCGAAAAAUGGGAAGAACAAGGGCCGAGUCUUUUCUGGGAAGCAGGGCGAUGGAGCUGGAGGUGCAGCUGGUAAGGAUGAAGAAAAAGUGGGUGAGAGAAGGAUGGACAUCAAGAAUGCAAGCAGGGCAAAAGACGCAGCUCCAGCCACUGCUGUUGCGGGAGGCGCGACGAGUAAAAGAAAAACUUCAAUCGAGAAAAGCUCAUCAGUAGCUGAACCAAGAGGCGCACGUGCUUUGUCGUCGUCGUCGAAAGUCAAGCCAAACUCAAGUGACAUCCCGCCAACUGGGACUGCGUCUCUUACGACUGCACAACAGCUCUCUACUGCACAGCGCCCACAACUGCGCACAACAGCCGGGAUGGGGAGCAAAAGCAAGGGACUGAAGUCUGCGGUUCCGGGCGGUGCAGUAGCCGAAGACCGUGGUGAAUCACGAGAAGGUCGGAGGAAGGGGGGCAACAAGGGUGGAAUAAGUGACGCAUCUGCUGCGGUCGUGCAGAAAGGUGAAAAUGUUCGAGGGCCCAAAGCGACCUAAGCGACAGAAGCGAACGAGCUUCCGAAUCACUGUUUAUUUAUUUUUGCACUGUCCUCGCCCCUCCCUCGAAGAUUUUUCUUGUGUAGAGGGAGACGUUUGAAUUUGAUGUCCAUUUCAAGCAGUGUCGUAUGCGUAUCGUCAUCGAU